AUGUCACAUCCAGAGCAGUAUACUGUCGGUUGGAUAUCUGCCUUGGAGACGGAAUACGUCGCUGCCCGAGCUUUUCUCGAUAAGAAGCAUGACCGACCGGAAACACUUUCGCCAAAUGAUAAUAAUCACUACACCCUGGGAGAAAUCGGGGGCCAUCAGGUGGUUAUCGCGGUUCUACCAGACGGAGAAUAUGGAACAUCAUCCGCAGCUGGGGUGGCUAGGGAUAUGUUGCACAGCUUUCCAAACAUCCGAUUUGGGCUAAUGGUUGGGAUUGGUGGGGGUGUUCCAACAAAACGGGACAUACGUCUUGGCGACGUUGUCGUGAGCUCCUCUCGGAAUGGACGUGGUGGUUUGCUUCAAUAUGACUUUGGCAAGGAGUUACAAGGGCAAGAAUUCCAUCAAACACGGUCCUUAAACCAGCCGCCGCCGAUCUUGCGUGCGGCCGUGUCUGGGCUCCAAGCGCAGUAUGAGGAGGAGGGCCAUCGGUUGAAGGAGAGCAUACAAACUGUGCUUGAAAGCAACAAGAGACUGAAGCGAAAAUAUACACGACCACCUCCCGAAAUUGACAGGCUUUAUGAAAGCCAGUUUACUCAUGUGCCAGACAGUGGGGUAAACUGUGCCGAGCUCUGUGAUGAUUCAAAGUUGAUUCUUCGACCCGAGCGAACUGAGAAUGAGGACGAUCCUGCUAUCCAUUAUGGCUUGAUAGGAUCUGGGAAUAAAGUGAUUAAAGACGCAAUAUUCCGUGACAAGCUGGCGGCAGAGCAAGAUGUCUUAUGCUUUGAAAUGGAAGCAGCUGGACUGAUGAACCAUUUCCCCUGUUUGGUCAUUCGUGGCGUCUGUGACUAUGCCGACUCGCACAAAAGCAAGGAAUGGCAAGGCUAUGCUGCAAUGGUGGCAGCAGCAUAUGCAAAAGAACUUCUAUAUCAAAUUGUGCCUCAGAGGGUAAACGCCGAGCGAAAAGCCUGUGAAGUUCUGGACGGGAUCCAGAACCAACUGCACAACGUAUCGAAGAAUGUUGAUCAUAUUCAUUCAAUUACUAGCGCAUCGGCUAGGGAAAUCAAUGCUAUGGCACAAAGUAUCGACCUGAAGGAGUUACCGGUCGCUGACGGAGCUGAAUUUGGAACGUAUAUGGACCAACACGAAGAAGAAUGUCUCCCGGGAACCAGAAAGGAGCUUCUUCUUAAUAUUGAAGAAUGGGCUGUCUCACCCGAAGGAAAAUGUAUUUUCUGGCUCAACGGUUUGGCCGGGACUGGCAAGUCCACAAUAUCGCGAACUGUGGCCAAAUCCUUUAAAGAGCGAGGGCUAUUGGCGGCGAGCUUCUUCUUCAAGAGAGGUGGCGGAGAUCGUGGCAAAGCAGCUCGGUUCUUCACAACUAUUUCAAAGCAGCUAUUUACCAAAAUCCCAGAAAUACGCCCUGCUAUCUUACAGGUAAUCAGGGAUAAUCCAGGAAUUUCCGCCAAACCACUCAAGGAGCAGUUUAACGAGCUCAUUUACCGACCACUCCACAGCUUGAAUCAACCAAAAAAUCAGAGCUCACCUCUAGUGAUUGUGAUUGAUGCGCUAGAUGAAUGUGAAAAUGACAACGAUAUCAGAGUCAUCCUCGAACUAUUACCACGUGUUCAGGAGUCAAACUAUGCACCCUUGCGAUUUUUCGUUACCAGUCGACCUGAACUACCCAUCCACUUAGGCUUUCAGACGGUUAAACAUAGCCACCAGGAUUUGAUACUUCAUGAGAUUCCCGAGCCAAUAAUAGAACGCGACAUAUCCUUGUUCCUCGAACACAAGCUGGCCAAAAUUAGGAAGGAGCGCGCUCUUUCUAUGGGCUGGCCUGGAAAGCCUGACAUCCAAGCCCUGCUUACCAUGUCGGUGCCACUAUUUAUUUUUGCUGCCACCAUCUGCCGUGUGUUUGAAGAUCAUAAUUUGGACCCAGAGCAGUGUCUCACUGAGAUCCUCAAAUAUCAAAGCCAAGAGUCUAAGCUGGAUGGAACGUACCUUCCAGUACUGGACCGCCUUGUUUCCAACUAUAAUGGGAGAAGACGAGAGCAAGUGAUUCAGGGUGUGCGACAAGUUGUUGGAAUGAUUAUCCUUCUUGAGAGCCCACUCUCCGUCACGGCCCUCUGGAAGCUCACGGGGAUUGCUAAAUCUUCAAUUAAUGCCAGGCUAAAUUCGCUGCACUCGGUCUUGCACGUGCCAAAUAACGAGAUGCUGCCAGUGAGGCUCUUUCAUCAAUCAUUUCGUGACUUUCUUCUUGACUCCAACACUCGUGAGAAGACUCCAUUCUGGGUAGAUGAGAAGCAAAUAGACCAAAAACUAACAACCCACUGUCUUUCCGUCAUGAAUGGUCAGCUGAAAAAAAAUAUGUGCAAUCUCCAAAACUAUGGAACAGAGCGAAGAAAUAUUGACACCCAGUCUAUCAAUCACUAUUUGCCACCAGAGCUUCAGUAUUCGUGUCGUUAUUGGACCCGCCAUCUGGCACGAAGCAAAGAUCCCAUGAGCCAGAUUGAUAAUAUCUUGGGAUUCCUCGAUAAUCAUUUCCUUCAUUGGGUGGAGGUGAUGAGCAUGCUAGGCAUUGUGUCAGAAGUUCUGGGAUGCAUUGGUACUUUACAGUUAGUAGUGCAGGACAAUGCAAGCGAUCUUGGGAUAUCUGAAUUUCUGCAUGAUGCGCAGCGGUUUAUCCUGAAGAUCAGUCAGAUAGCAGAUAUUGCCCCGCUGCAGAUCUAUUGUUCUGGGCUGAUCUUCGCGCCAAAGUUGGCAAUAAUUAGGAGGAGGUUUGAAGGAGAGCUGCCUAAUUGGAUACAACAAUGCCCAAGGGUAGAAGAAAGCUGGAGUCCUGAUAGGCAAACAUUGGAGGGCCAUUCAAACUCAGUUGAGUCAGUGGCGUUCUCGGCAGAUGGCCAACUGCUGGCGUCCGGCUCCUGGGACAACACCAUCAAGCUCUGGGAUCCUAGUACAGGCGGCCUUAAGCAUACCCUGGAGGGCCAUUCAAACUCAGUUGAGUCAGUGGCGUUCUCAGCAGAUGGCCAACUGCUGGCGUCCGGCUCCUGGGACAACACCAUCAAGCUCUGGGAUCCUAGUACAGGCGGCCUUAAGCAUACCCUGGAGGGCCAUUCAAACUUAGUUCACUCAGUGGCUUUCGCAGCAGAUGGCCAACUGCUGGCGUCUGGCUCCUGGGACAACACCAUCAAGCUCUGGGAUCCCAGUACAGGCGCCCUCAAGCACACCCUGGAGGGCCAUUCAGACUCAGUUUGGUCGGUGGCCUUCUCAGCAGAUGGCCGACUGCUGGCAUCUGGCUCCGGUGACGCCACCCUCAAGCUCUGGGAUCCCAGUACAGGCGCCCUCAAGCACACCAUAAGUACUGACGGUUAUGUUAAUGACAUUGAAUUCUCCUUUCCCUACCUUGUCACUAACCGGGGAUCUUUUAAUAUCCAAGCCUGGGUCAAAGGGAGUUAUGGCUCCCUCCAGACUAUCAGCCCACUGCUUCAACAGUCAAAGAUGGUGCUAUAG